UGAAUCUAUUGCUGACAUAUAACUACUGUGGUUGAGAUAUGAAAGUUUAACUUCCCUACCAGUGGGUUUUACCUUUGCAUUGAAAGUUCAAUUGAAAUUCAACAUGGCGUCUCCUCAAAUUGGUUGGAUUGGCCUGGGGUCGAUGGGCCUCCCUAUGGCAACAAAUCUCCAGAAACACUUAACCUCAACCGGCGCCCCCAGCCUGAUUUACUAUAACCGAACUAUCUCUCGCGGUGACUUUCUCAAGAGUCUUGGCGCUCAACCUGCGCCCUCAGCUAAAGACCUCGUGGGAAAUUGCGAUACCAUCUUCCUGUCUCUCAGUGACGACUCAGCUCUCGAGUCAACCCUUGAUAUAAUCAUUGACACUGAGGACCCUGAACAGCUCGCCGGGAAAGUAAUCGCGGAUACUUCAACGGUUCACCCGGACUCUUCGGCCAAAGCUCAAACCCGUUUGAAUGAGAAGGGCGCUCAGUUCAUCGCCUCACCUGUCUUCGGAGCAAGUCCUGUUGCGGCGCAGGGAAAGCUGCUAUGGAUUGUUGCUGGACCUGACGACGCCGUCGAGAAGAUUAAUCCAUAUUUAGAGGGAGUCAUGGGAAGAGGCGUGAUUCGAGUUGGUGAAGAUGUGAGACUAUCGAGCAAGAUGAAAACAGCAGGAAACUUCAUCACAGCUGGUAUGAUGGAAGUCGUGGCAGAAGCCCACGUCCUAGCAGAAAAGUCUGGCCUAGGCAGCAAAAACCUCGAAGCUUUGAUCCAGCAACAAUACGGUCCUCUGGCACUUUCCAUGUCUCAACGACUUACUACCGGAGCUUACAUGCCAGCGAGAGGCGACCGGCCUUGGUCUGAUCUAAACCUAGCAAUUAAGGACGUUGGUCAUGGAAUUACUCUUGCUGAACAGUCUGGAGCGAGACUGGAGGUUGCUGAAGUGGCCAUUAAGCAUCUGAAGGAGGCGAAGCGGUUCUCUGAAGCUGAGGGAAGACCUCUUGAUUCUUCUUCUAUGUAUGGGAUACUGAGAAAAGAAUCUGGGUUAUCUUUUGAGACAGAUCUAGUCAAAGAACGGGAUGAGGAGAAGUAGAGAGUGAAACAUGACUGAUAUCAGUCUUUUAUCAUUAAUCUGUGCAACUAGUGCACGAAAACGCUAUAUCAAUAAUCCUGAAAGAGUGCUUCGCUUCGUAUUUUUGCCAUUCAUACCAUCAUUUAUAUAUUCGGUGUCACAUUACUGCUUAUAAUGCAGCUUUGCCUCUAGACUCAAAAGGCAUAAUUAAUACCAAGAGUCCAGCUGCUAUGAAUAAUGCGCCACUUGUGUAUACAGGGGCAGACGUUUCCAGGUUUGCAAAGAUGGCAAUGAUUGGCUGUGAAAGUCAGUAUUGGGUUGAGACAGAUUUUGACGGUGAACUUACUGCCAUGAUACCAAAGAUUCUGUUACAAGACGCACAUAACGCAUUACCGGUUCCUCUAUGAGGUGUAGGGAACAGCUCUGGCGUGAAUGAGUACAGAACCGCGUACAUGAUAUUACUGAAGAAGUUGAAAGCGCAUUGCCAGCCGAGUAAAGCAUCGCUCGUCGUCGCAGUCGUGGAGCAGUAGAGAAAGACGCCGGUAAGUAUGGUGCUGAGUGACAGCGUGCCCUUUCGUCCCAGUCGUGGUAAUUCGACAAGCCAUCCUCCCAGAAGAGCACCCGGCACACCAAGAACAGCAAUGAUAAGACUGUUUCGGUAUGUGAGGUAUGUACUUCCAUCGCCAAAGUCGGCACCCUUAGUCGCUUGAAUAUACGGAAUGAAGGCGUUAUAGAGGGGAUAUCCAAGACCGAUGAGUGCCCAAACUGCCAUGAUCAAUCCUGUACUGAGGCCGAGUUUUCUUGUAACGAAGAGAGCCUUGAUAUGCGACAAGUCGACCUUCUCCAGAUAUCGCUUUAACGCGGCGCUGGUAUCUGUCUGCGCAACAUAACCCUCCGGUUCACAAGCCUUCAAAUCCUCGAGACUGAGCGUUGACGUCUUCCCGUUCUUCUUGGCAACAGUAUGCACAACUCUAACAGCCUCUUCAUCGCGACCCUUACUCAUGAGAUACUUGGGUGACUCGUAGAUCUUGAACAGAACAAAGCGCACAAGGAACAUGAGAAGUGUUAGUCCACCAACCGUGAUGGUAAAAUAUCGCCAGCCCAUAUUAUCUUUUCGUCGACAGACCGUAUCUUGCUCGCAUGUGUAAUUGCCCAAAAGUGGCCAUGCGAUGAGUGUACCGAUGACUUGCGCAAUAGCCCAGUCAAUCGAGAGAAUCGUGAGGAGGUAUUGAUGCGACGCUGGUAGAAACUCGAGAAAAAUGGCCGAGUCAACUGGUAAAUUUCCACCAACACCAAAAGACCAUAAGGCGUCGAAAAUGCCGAUAGCUGCGAAAUUGGGGGCGCUGGCUGAAAUGAGGCCCCAAAUUGCUGUAAGACCGAGAGUGAUGUUGAAUGCCCAUUUUCGACCGACUAACAAAAUUAAUAAGCAGAAAUCGAAGGGCGCAGGGCGGCGAUGACUUACAAACAUCGCAACCAAAACCCCAA